AUCUAAAGUAAGCAUACCAUAGGAAAAAAGAAAAAAAAGAAAAAAAAAAAACAGUAGGUUGCUUCCAUUGCCGCACGCAUCAAUCAAAAGAAACCAGCGAGAAGUUAAAAUAUUUUAGAAUCCAAUCGAACUCGGCACCGUGACCCGGCCGAGUCGAGCUCGAUUAAACUCUGAUUUAUUAUCCAAUCAAUUCUCUGCUCCCGAUCGUGAGUUCCGAUAUAGAAAUUAAUCGUUAAUCAACGUUCUUGGUUCAUAAUAUUUUUUAAUCAAUGAGGGUUUGUGAUAUGCCAAGGCCAAAGUCGGUAGUAGGGGAUUUAGUUCCUCGGUUCUGGUGGGUUUUUUUAGUGCUUUUGUGGGAUUUUUUCUGUAGGAGUUGAGGUGAUGCUGGACUUUAGGGAAGGUUCGCUUAGGGUUUUGGGGUUAGGAUUAGGUUUUUAGGAUUAGGGUUUUCUUUGGGAUUUAUGGGGAUGGAGGAGAAUUCUGAGCUUGAGGAAGGAAAGGCUUUCCGGUGCAGGGACGACGACGACAACAACGUAGACCCUGAGAUUGCUCUCUCUUACAUUGAUGAGAAGAUACAAAAUGUUUUAGGCCAUUUUCAAAAGGAUUUUGAGGGUGGAGUUUCUGCAGAGAAUUUGGGGGCUAAAUUCGGUGGGUAUGGCUCAUUUCUGCCUGCCUAUGAACGAUCUCCACAGAGAAACUCUGUUUGGUCACAUCCAAAGACUCCACAAAAAAACUCUAGCCCACCAAGAUCUCCUAAUAAUUUGCCUGUGGAGGGUUGGCCCCAGAGUUUGAGAGUUCCCUCCAAUGUUCUUCCUUCUGUGAAGCUUGGAACUUCAUCCUACAGUACAAAUGCAUUGCAUAAGUCUGGGUUGGCACCUGGGGAUGUUUCAGUAAAGCAAGAUUCUAGCUUUUCUUCUGCUCGAGUUUCUCAGAAGUCUAAUCUGAAGGAUGGAAACUCCAAAAAAUCAGGCAAUCUCUCUGACCAAAGGACACUGAAGGUUAGGAUAAAAGUGGGUCCUGAUAGCAUGGCACGAAAAAAAUCUGCAAUUUAUAGUGGUCUUGGGUUUGAUAAUUCUCCAUCUUCAUUGCUGGAGAACAGUCCUGAGGAAAGUGAUGGAAUGUUGCCUGUAUCCCCACAAGUUGCAGAUGAAUCUCCCACUAGAAUUCUUCAGAUAAUGACUUCCUUCGCAGUCCCUGAGGGUGCCCUAGUAUCACCUCUUCAUGACAGUCUGCUUUGUUUGAUAAGAAAGGAGAAGUUCUCCAAAGGCAGUAAACCUUUGCCUUCCCAUAAGGGUAGUCAAGACAAUAUUGCCUUGUUGCCAGAUGAAUCUGUUUCUUUUAUAGGUAAUGCUAAACUCUUGAAAGGGAAGGAGGUGAAAUUUUUGGGGAAGAGUGGAACAGCAGUAGAUCUGAAACAUGGGAAUGGUAUAAUUUUUGAGAAUAAUACAGCUUUUUCAGCCAAGAAAAAGUUAGAAAAUGACAAUGCAGAGAACAAGGACAUGUUAUCUAAUGAAGUAAAGAGCAUGCCUCUACCAGGUACAGCAAAUGGUGGUGAGACUCUGAAAGCAACUGGUGGGUCAUCUGAAGUUCCCAGGGAGGCUGAUCAGGGUGGGGUAAGAGAUGGAUCAUUUCCUUCUGACUUGAUGAAGGAAGAUUCUUUGGAGUCCAUAUCUGGCGGCAAGGGUGAGAAGAGAAAUGCUUGGAGUAGUUCGGUAGAAAAGGUUUUGGAACAUAGAGCACUUAAUUGUGAUGGUGAUGCUUUGGUUAACCUGAGGGGUAAUGGAAAAUCCAAGAAUAGUAAAACCUCCAUUUCUUCAAAAGGUUACUCUGAUGCAUCCAAAUGCAGGGAAGAUCUUAAAGUUGGAUCACUAGUUUAUUCAAAGCAAAAGAUUGGUCAGCUAGACAAGAUCUCCAUGCCUGGUGGGAAGGAAGAACGAUUGUUGGAGGGCAAGAAGUCACAUGGCACUAAAAGUAGCAAAAAAGCUGGUUGCGUUCCCACAAAGGAAAGCUUGGUGAUUGGUGACAGAGGAGCACCUAAAGAUACAACUACUGCUCAUGGUGUUUCUAAAAGUAAUGAUAAGAUGCACAAGCUGAAGUUGCAGAAGGACAUUAGUAAGUUCAGAGAUAAUCACAGAGAUCCUUUGGACUCAAAAUUGGAAAAGAAAAAUAGUCAAAUGGGUUUGUUGGAGAGGCCUUCUGUUAGCAGGCGAAAGGACUCGACCAUGGAUGAUCUUGAGAUGGAGCAGAAUGUGUCUUUUGAUAAGUCAAGGGAAAGAUUUAAUGGUAAAAGAGUUGGUAAUCAGCCGAUACCUGGGACAUUGGUCAAAGAUGUUGCAUAUACGGGCAUUUCAAUACCUGGAAAUGCACUUGCUUCUGAAUUAGCACCACCUGUUAUGGAUCCUAUACUUAUAGAAGAAAAUUGGGUCUGUUGUGACAGUUGUCAGAAGUGGCGGUUGUUACCCAAUGGCACAAGGCCUGAGCAUCUCCCUGAAAGGUGGCUGUGUGCUAUGCUGAACUGGCUGCCUGGAAUGAACCGGUGUGACAUCAGUGAGGAAGAGACAACAAAAGCACUCAAUGCAUUGUCUCAGCUUCCUCUUUCUGUGGGUCAAAAUAAUCUGCAAAAUCAUGCCAAACGAACUGCAUCUGGAGUGCAAAUCCUACAUGUUGACCACAACCACCAAAGUCUUAGUUCCCAUGCUGCAUCUUUUCCAGGAAAGAAGAAGCGUGGUUUGAAGGAAAUAGGAAAGGCAGGUGGCAGCAGUGGCAUAAUCCAGUUAUCUAACUCUACAAAGAACCAGCACCACUUGCAGGAAUCUGUGAAAAGCAGAAGCUUAAAUGAUAUGAACCAGUCUCCUGCGGAAGCAAAUCAAAUGAACAAAACUAAUUUUCAUACUUUGACCAAGUCACAUAAUUUUGUUGCUGAGCAGAAAGAGAAUCAUAUUGAUGGAGCUGGUGAUGCAAAGCAAGUAAAGAUGAAAAACAAGAGGGAGUCUGAUCAUUAUGGAUAUGAGACUUCUAAGAUAACUAAGACUGAGGAUGCAUCCCACGCUGAUAAAUAUCGUCUAAAUUCAAAAAGUGGGUCAUCAACUAAAGCAAGUGGAAAAGACUUGUGUAAAUCAAACAAGCACUUUAUGGGGCAUUUGAAAUUUGAUACAAAGGAAAAAUUGCCACUGAAGCUGGGAGACCAAGCUCAGCUGUCAGCAGAUGGUGGGCCCUUGGAUAUGAGAACAAGUGACAAAAGGAAUAUUUCUAUUAAGAAAAGGAAAUUGAAGGAGUGGCAAGACAAUCAGAAUGAUUUCAACAUCAGUUUAAAUGCCAAGGAAAGAAGUGAGAGUGGAUUAAAGAAAUCCAGGGUUCCAAAAAAUAGGGCUUUCAGUAUGAAAGGCGACAAUGAUAAAUUAGACAAAACCGUUUUCUUGGUAGGAAGUGAAGAUCAUCCAAUUGAUGGUAUGGUAGCUGUAAGAAGUAUUCAUAAGGAUCAGCAACCACGGAAACAUAGAAGAAAAUUUAUAUCUCAACAAACUUUAGAUGGUAUAAACUCAUUGAAAAACGAUCUUCAACCUGGACAACUUUCAUUGACAGCCACCUCAAGCUCUUCAAAGGUUUCAGGUUCUCUUAAAACAAGAGCAACCUUUGAUGAUGUGAAAGGCUCACCAGUAGAAUCAGUUUCUUCAUCUCCUUUGAGGACCUCAUUUCCAGAGAAGCUUGCUUCAACUGGAGGAAACAUUCUAGGAAAAGAUGAUGCUACAAAUGGUGGCCUUCCUGUAAUUGAUGAAGUAAGAAGAUGCAGGGAUGGGGAAGGUGAUGGCCAGAUUAAUCAAUCUGAGAUGAAGGAAAAAGUAUCUGGUGACCCUCAUCCUGAAUCCCGUGAACUUUUACUAGAUUACCAGGAUGGAGAUGCUAAUCACAAAAUUGGUCAAACUAAAUGUUCUUCUGCUUUGUUUAAUGCUGGUGCUGAAAUGAUGGAACGUCGUGACUGCUCUAGUGAUCUGCUUGCUAUAAAAAAUUGCCAUGCUGAGGAUAGAGUAGACAAGUACCACCAUGACAAUGUGUUUUUUCCAAAGAAAUUUGGUAAGAGUUCGUCUUUAAAGUUAAAGGACAAUGAUAGAAGUUCUACAUCUGAUUUUGAUAGAGAUGAGAUGAAGGUUUCUGAACCAGUGAAUGCACAUGGUGAUUUUUCAAAGAAGAGAAUAAGGAAUGAGUCAGAGAUUGAUCUAAGAUCUCAUGCAUCCUUGCUUAAAAGAAUGAACAAUGUUAAACAUGUUAUUCCUGAUAAGCCCAGAAGUAAGUCAAAUGAGGAUGAGAAGGUUCGUGUUAGCAUUAGCGAUUCUAUAGGACAAUGCACAAAAAAGAGCAGAAUGGAGAGCCCAUUAAAUCUACAAAAGCGUGAUAGUUCAGAUGGAAAAACAAGUACUGUUAAUUCAGAUGCAAAAAUGAGUACUGUUUGCAUCAGGAAGUGGAACACAGCCACACAGGAGAACCUGAUCCAGGAUUUUGACAGUGAAGCUAAACUGAAUCCAAUACAAAAAGAUUCAGGAAGCAGGACUAAAAAGUUGGCUGCUCACUUUGAACAGGAAGCUAAAAGUAAGAGUCAGAGUCACCAAUCAGCUUUGGGCUUCCAGCAGGAAGGAGCAUCUGUUGGGCUUAGGGUUUGUGCCUCAGGCAAUGGUGAUGUGUCAAAGGUAUCAAAGCACCCGGAAAAUCCUGGGACCAAGAGUAGCGCUCACCACAGUUUGGGUCACCGUAUGCUUGAUAUGAAAGGGGUCAGAGUCAGAGAUCUUAAUUCACCAAGUCCUGGGAGAACAAAUUCCUCUAGCCAAACUGCUAGUAAUGCCCUGAAAGAAGCCAAGGAUCUGAGAGAUUAUGCAGAUCGUCUUAAGAUCUCUGGGUUUGGUUUUGAGAGUAAUGAAACAAAUUUCCAAGCUGCUUUAAAGUUUCUCCAUGGAGCUUCUCUUCUGGAAACUUGCACUGAUCCUGGCAGAGAGGGAGAAAUGACUCAAAUGCAAGUGUACAGUACUACAGCUAAACUUUUCGACAGAUACUGUGCCUUGGAAUAUGAAAGACGAAAUGAAAUGGCUGCUGUUGCUUUGGCAUAUAAAUGCAUGGAAAUUGCUUAUUGGAGGGUAGUUUACUGGAAGAAUUCUAGCUUAAGUCAAGAUCGAAAUGAGUUGCAAGCCUGUUUGCAAACAUUUUCCCAAGGUGAAUCACCAUCAUCGUCUGCAUCAGACAUUGAUAACUUAAAUAAUCAAGCAGCAGUUGAUAAGGCUACUAUAUCCAAGGGUACAGUUUCUCAUGUUUCUGGAAACCCUUUCAUUGUUGCACGAAACCACUCAAAUUUUCUUCGGCUGCUUGACUUUGCACAGGAUGUAAGUUUUGCAAUGGACGCCUCAAGAAAAUCCCAAAAUGCUUAUUCAGCUGCUAAUGUAGCUUUGGAACAGGUGCAAAAUAGAGAUUGUAUUGAAUCUGUUAAGAAGGUAAUUGAUUUCAGCUUCCAAGAUGUAGAGGAGCUCAUGCUCCUGGUUCAGCAUGCAAUGAAGGCUAUAACCCGAGCAGGUUUGGUUGGUUCUAGAGAUUAAGUCAACCCUGUAUAUACUGUGCGUUUUCUGGUUUAUUCCUGACAGUGGACGGCAUAUAAAUGUGAAAGAGCUGCCCACUUAGAGAAGCAAUUGGAAACCUGCAAAGACACAGGUUACCAACAGCUCAUACCUCUCUGUACAUUUGUACAAAGUGAGAUUGAUUUGCAGAUUUUGUAAUGUAUUUUUCAAGUAUUCAGCUUGUUUUUGGCAUGGAUUCAGGCCUAGCAUGCUCAUCGUCAAGUUUUUUGGGUUGGGAAAAGAGGGAUAAGAUCCUUGUUCCGCAAUACAAUUUGGAGGAGAUGUGACAAUUCAGUUCUAUGUUUGUGAUUUUUUUGGCUCUAGUCAAUUGGAGCCUAAGCAAAGAAAAUAUCUAUAGAGAAAGGAAAUCACGCAACCAUUUUGACGAGGUUGAUUACUGAUACAAUGAUGACUGAUCAAUUUUUAUGAAGAGCUUACCUUUUUUACCAUUUAUGUAAUCUUUAACAGAAUAGAAAAUGAAAUUCUUUGGGAAGGUUCUCUUUCUCUACAAUUUUCAAGCUUGAGAUUUGCUUUAACUAAUUGAGUCAGCAUCACUUCUACUUAAUUGAAUCUGCGGGUGUGUUAUGUUAUCAUGUUACCAUUGUAACAUUAUGGGGGGAGCUCCUUUUUGCUGUUCUUUAGUUUUGAAGUUACAAUGUGAUUAAUUACUUUUCCUUGUAGGUUCCAUCCUUAGAGAUUUUGUUAUGAUUCAGUUUGAAGUCUUGGUGUUUGUUAUCCUUGACUGACAGGAUGAAGAGUAAAGGAAGAAUCCUUUUGUGAUUUAUCAGUUUAAUCUCCUUGACCAAGGUAUGCAAAGAUGUGUUAUUCAUGCAAGGAUAUUUCAGACCUUCACUAUUUUUUCACUUAUGGUAGUUGUCAUUUCGUAUUUGUUAAUUUUGUUUUCAACAUUGACAGCAUGGAGGUAUCAAUUUUAUUGUAUUUUAUCAGACUAUGUUGACUCUUGGAUAACCACUUGUACAAAUCAUUGCAGUUCAUUCAACCAGUUGUUUCUGCAUGAUGAUAUACGAGGUAAAAGGUGUACAUAUAUUUGUUUUGCUGUUACAUGAGGCCUUUCUCUUGGGAUAGGGUCGAUAAACAGUUAAACACCAUCCAUUUUCCUUGAAGGUUAUUAUCAAUUUGUCUUUUCCUCUUAUUAUAUUCAAUUAAUCUGUGUCUGUUUUUUUUCCCCCUGACAUUUAGUUUUCUUAUAUACAAGAAAUUUUGCCUAUUAAUCAUAUUUUAAGGAAUUAUUUACCCUUCUUCUCCCAAUAAAAUAAAUAUAUUAUAAAAUUGGUGCACAGAUUUGAAUCCAAAUUUUAACUGAAUAGACUUGACUGUUUGAAAUGACCCGGACUUGCACUCAAGCGUUCCCCGUCCUUCUGAUGCAAAGGGAAACAGUCAGAUGAGCAAAUGGAACUAAGAUUUUUAACAUCACUUUGCAACAUCUUAAAAAGAUGUUAAUCUACAUUGUUAGAAGAUGGCAAGUUUUCAGAUUUGCAGUUGGGGUAUUCUGUUUUUUCUUAAUUAUUAUUCGUGUAGGUACAACAGUGUAGAAGUAGCAUGUGGCUGGAGAUACAGAAUCUAAUAAAAACCGGAGGCUUGUCAAUUCUUUGAUUUUCUUCUUGGGUGAUGAAUUGUUAUGUUUUUCUUUGAUUCACUCAGAAUUAUGCAAUGAAUUUGGUGGUUAGGGUAAGAGGAACUGAGUAAUUGAAUGGGUUCAUUGACUUGGAUGCACAGGAUACCUCGUUUGGCUCAGCAAUACUUCUGUGUAUUCAUGACUGUUCCCAAAAAUCGUUCUUCAUGUAACUUCUAAGUUGUUAAGUGAUAAAAGAGAAUACGCGUUGAUUGUUGAAGGCAUUCCAUCAUUUCUCAUCUCUUGUUAUAUGUGAUGAAGAGAAUGAGCGUUGAUUGUUGAAGGCAUUCCAUCAUUUCUCAUCUCUUGUUAUAUGUGAUGAAGAGAAUGAGCGUUGAUUGUUGAAGGCAUUCCAUCAUUUCUCAUCUCUUGUUAUUUUCCGACUCUGUACAAGUUCAAACUGAAGAGUUGGCUGUGAACUUGUAAUUUUGAAUAGUUUUGCAGUUAGUAAAAGCAAACAUGAUCUUUGCCA